GGCGUUUCAGCUUGUUCAAUAGCGGCCGGGCUAUGUCUUGCUUCAGUGUGUUGCUGAGCUGUGUGGCGCUGUGGCGGACUGUUCUCGGUGAUGACGUGGCAUUGCUGGAUGAUGGGAAUUAUGGGGGAGAGAGAGCAUUUGAGGAAUUUCAAACCUACGGGGCAGCAGCAACAAGCCCCAGUGAUGGUUCGCGUGCCUUACUUCGUGGUGAUUCUCCAGAUCUUCCCAAUCACGUGGAUUUCAACAGCCGGCUCGGCAAUCCCAAGAAGACGGGGAAGACAAGUGUGUCAGGCCCUGAAAGACGCGCACUUCGGCAACAGGUUGCGGAGCUGCAAGCCGUUCGAUUUGGUGACUUGGAGGUAGCUGCAAUUUCCAAGUUCCGCCGAGUCUGGCGGGACAAAUACUCAGGGGCAAAGCUGUACGUGUCCAUUUAUGAGGCCCAGUUGACCGCUACGGAGAAGAGCCAAGGAUGGAGGGUUCUCGGUCAAUUCAGUCGCACUAGCUACAAAGACAUAAGUGGUGUGGCCGUCACAAUAGUUGCAAGAAAUGUGAAUGCAUCCAACCCUGUCUUGGCCCCCCCGGUGGAGUAUGAGAGGAUUUGGUAUGACAAGGGUUCAGGCUCAAGCAGACGUCCUUGGUACCGAGCAUUUCAGCACCCAGCGGAUGGCUCCGUGUGGAGACCAGUGCCAGCUCAAGGAUAUGUGUGUCUAGGGGACAUGUUUGUCCGCAGUUGGAAGAAACCCACGCCCGAGCAGGACACGAUGGCCGCGCAUGUCUGUGUACGGGCGGAGUACGCGAAGGAAGCAGCCAUUGGAGACUUUGUGUGGGAUGACCGUGGGUCUGGUGCGAGAUUCAAUUGCUCCCUCUGGCGGAUAGACACCGCGGGGUACAUAGGGAGUGUGGAAAGUCUGGUGCAAGGGUACAUUGGUUGCGACGUUUAUGAUGCGAAGCCGGUUCGGACCGUUCAUGUGCUCCACUUGCCUGCAUCCAUCCAAAGUAUGCGCUACGGGGACCUGGAGAUCGGUGUCACUACAUUGUAUGCUCCCUCGUGGAACGACCAGGGUUCCAGGUCUGCCAAGGAUGUUGCCUUCUUUAGUCCUGCAAUUGGUCAAGGAGACUUCGACCAAGGGUGGAGGGUUCUCUCUCACGUUGCCGUCCCUCACUACCAACCCAUCGGUGGCCUGGUGGCAACGAUUGUGGCACGAAAUGUGGAUGCAAGCGUGCCCGUUCUCAAGUCUCCAGUUGACUUCACUCAGAUGUGGACGGACAAGGGUUCGGGGGCACAUCUUUACGGGUCUGUGUGGCGGCCCAUUCCCCCCACAGGAUACGUCUGUCUGUCAGACUUUGUCGUGGACUCGUGGGCUGAACCAGCUCCUGGAGUGGGGCCCUUUGUCUGCGUUGCUCAGAGUAUUGCGAACCAAAGCUACGCCCGCGAGGCUACCUUGGAAGGCCUCAUUUGGGAUGAUCAUGGGUCCGGUGCCGAUGCGGAUGUCACGGUCCAUGGCAUCCAGAUCGCGCCAUAUCCAGCAGAUGGGAAGGAGCGCCUCUCUCUCCUUGUGAAUGGCUUUAUUACAGGUACUAUCUACGAGACUACCCCCAGCGGAACAUCAUACUUGCUCGAUCUUCCUCCCAUUGUGUACAGGCCAGCGGUUGCAGACCCGCGUCCGAACGUCACAUCGCAUGACAGGCCUUCUCCUCCCGACACGCCCAAGGUUGUUGACCACACUGUCGUUGUGCCAUGCACCAUCGUCAACGACAACAAUCACACUGCUGCAUGGCAGGCCCUAAACUCUCCUUUCUACAAGAUGGAGAGGGGCAUCUAUUACCACUUGGAGGUCCACGGUGGCGGCCCUAACAACAGUGCACGUCUCACAGUUGGCCAGCAAGUGACAUACGGCAUCAUCACCAAUAUCACGGAGGAGUUCACUGUCAAAACCCACAUAGAAGCGAGUGUGGCAUCCGGCAUCGUUCUAAGGGCGAAGCUCGGCCCCCUGAAAAUCAGGGCAGAUCCCUAUGUUGAGGCGAAAACGAGCCUGACCAGAGAGAUUGGUUACUCAAGACGCUAUCAGGUCACGGAAUUCUCUGUGGCCACACAUGACUUCAGAGUGGAAACGAACCCCUUCCACUCCGUCUCUUUGUGGUCGCAGCAUCACGAGAUUGUUCUGCUGCGACACAAUGGAGAUCACGUCGCAGGUAAUUCCGGCCUGCUGGUCAACAUUAACGACCAUAGACUAGUAGUGGAGUACCCACCCUCCUGAGGAGUGUCGUGUACCUGAACCCUGGACCAGUGUCCCGUGGUCCUCGUUCCGGCAUCCGUCCAUGAUCAUGGGGUAUUUUUCAUUGAAUUUCGUGAUGAUGCAAUGAGCCGCAGAGCUCACCACACG